AUGACCAUCAAUUAUCACCCCGACAAGGCAAAUGUUGUUGCUGAUGCCUUGAGCCGUAAGAAUUCAUGCAAUUUAGCUUAUCUAAUUACUUCUCAAAGAAAAACAUUAGAGGACUUGGAUCGUACUGGAAUUAAAAUUAGAGUCCACCAAAUUAGAGUCAAAUUAGCAAAUAUGGUAAUACAACAUUCUUUGCUAGAUGAAAUUAAAGCAAACCAGCAGAAUGAUGCUCAACUGUUAAAGAUAAAGAGAGAUAUGGAAGAAGGCACUCGAAGAGAAUUUAAUAUACAUAAAGAUGGAUCAUUGAGAUUUGGAACUAGAGUUUGUGUGCCUAAUAUACCAGAGAUAAAGAAAAAGAUUCUAAAAGAGGCACAUCACUCCCUAUAUACUAUGCAUCCUGGAUCGACAAAAAUGUAUAAAGACCUGAAGCAAAUAUAUUGGUGGAAUAAUAUGAAGAAAGAAAUUGCCAUCUAUGUUACAGAAUGUUUCACUUGCCAGCAAGUAAAGGCUGAACACCAAAGACCAGCUGGAUUAGUCCAUAACUUGGACAUACCAAUGUGA